GACUCCGCCUCGGGCGAUCUCCUUCUAAUCUUGAUAUUAUCUAUUCUUCGAGCGAGCCAUUGCCCGAAGAACGUUUGAAGCCAUGAUAGCAGUGCCUCGGUCCGUGAGCGUUGUGGUGUGCCCUUGAUCCGAGCCUAUGUUUUGGCCAUGGCCUGGGAUGUCGUGGCUGAGUGAAAGAUGCCGUUCCCUGCUAUCAAGUAAACUCUCCUCCCCUAUCGAGAUAAGCUAUACGCGGAGCGUUAUGCUCAUUAGCUUUUAACGGCCCGUAUGCCCUGAGGAAAAGGGUGGAGACAAGGCAAUUGAUGAAACGACUCCUCUUUUUGUAGCAAUACUGGAUCACUGAGUACGUGUGUUACAGCUUGUGCGACUGUGUGGGGUCAUUGUUAGAGUAUACAACAUACACACCAGGCCUCUAUCCUAGAACAACAUGGCAGGCGAACGCGACAUGGUAGUCGUCGGCGCCGGCUGGUUCGGUCUCGCCGCUGCAAAAGCCUACAUCGAACUGCACCCGGACGAGGACAUCCAAGUCCUCGAAUCCGCCGCGACAUGCGGCGGCACAUGGGGUCGCGACCGCCUCUAUCCAGGCCUCAAAAGCAACAACCUGCACGGCACAUACGAGUAUCCCGACUACCCGAUGAGCGAAGCCCUCUACGGCGUCGCACCCGGCCAACACAUCCCAGGCGCCGUCCUCCACGCCUAUCUCACCGACUACGCAAAGAAGUUCGGCGUCUACAAACGCACGCAGUUCAACACAAAGGUCACCUCGCUCGCGCCCUCUGCCGCCGGCGGCUGGACCAUCACCACAACCUCCGACACGAAAGGCCCGGAGACCAUCCAGACGAAGAAAAUCAUCCUCGCGACGGGGCUUACGUCGACGCCCAAUUUCCCGACGUAUCCGGGCGUGGAAGCGCUCAAUGUGCCAAUUUUUCAUGCUAAAGACUUUUGCAUCAAUGGCGACACCACCAAAACUGCGAAGCACGCGGUUGUGAUAGGAGGUGCGAAAUCUGCAUAUGACGUUGCGUACGCCUAUGUCGACGCCGGCGCUACCGUCGACCUCGUCAUCCGGCCCUCUGGCAACGGACCCGUAUGGAUCUCGCAUCCGUGGGUGAUGGGCGGCAAGAAGCGGCUCGAGAAGCUGCUGCAUAUCAGAUGGAUGUCAUGGUUCAGCCCUUGUCCAUGGGAAGGCGAAGACGGGUUUUCGUGGCCACGGCGAUUCCUGCACGGCACGCGUGUAGGCCGAUUCAUCGUGGACAAGUUCUGGGCUGCGCUGGCGGCGGAUGUGGUAGAGUUGAACGGGUACAACUCGCAUGAGGAGACGAAGAAACUGUUGCCGUGGAAUACGACGUUCUGGAUUGGAAGCGGGCUGAGUAUUCAUAACUACGAUCAGAAUUUCUUUGAUAUGAUUAAAGAUGGAAGAAUAAGGGUGCACAUCGCGGAUGUCGAGAGGCUCUCGGAUCAUACAGUACAUCUAACAACGGGCGAGACUUGCGCGGCUGAUGUAGUUGUGUGUUCGACGGGGUGGAAGAAGGAGCCGAGCUUCAGCUUCAGCGGCUUUGGGACAACAGGUAUCGGCUUGCCACUGCCACUAGAAGACCAAAAGAAGCUGGCAGCACAGGCCGAUAAGGAUAUUCUGACAAUGUUCCCCAGGCUUGCAAAUCAGCCGAAGUUGAACUUCACUCCGAAGAACGAUCCUUUCCGCCUUUACCGCUUCAUCGUUCCCCCGGCGCGGAUCAAGGACCGCAAUAUUGCGUUUGCUGGGCUUGUCUCGUCUGUUAGCACGGCCAUCUGUGCAGCUACACAAGGGCUGUGGAUUUCUGCAUUCCUGGACGGAAGAUUGGAUAGGCUGGCUAGCUCGGAUGAAGAAGUUACAAAGGAGGUCAUGCUGCAUACGCAAUGGGGCAAGUGGAGAUAUCCGACUGGGUAUGGUGCCAGUUUGCCCGAUUUUGUGUUUGAUGCGAUUCCGUAUGUGGACCUGAUGCUGAAUGAUCUGGGGUUGAAGGUACGUAGGAAGGGAGGGUGGUUCAAGGAAAUUACGGAGCCGUAUGGGCCGGAGGACUAUGUCGAUCUGGUUGAUGAGUGGAGUGCGGCGCAUAUCAAGAGCGGGUAAAUGUUUGAUGAGCGAGUCGAAAGAUUGGAUUUUCUGUCCCC